AUGUCUACCUUACAAGGCGUACACAAAGACAUCAUCUUGACUGGAGUCGCUGCAGACAAUACAAAGUUCACCUUUCCACGCAGCAGCCAUCUCAUCAUCGCCACGCCAAGACAUAUCUUCGCCUGGGACGCAUCUGGCAUCCACAAAAUCUUCCAAAGCAGUCGCAACGGCAUCAUCGCUGCGAGAGAAGCCAAAGAUGGAUCAGGACUCCUCGCAGUGGCCAGUAAAGAUGUGGUCGUGCUGCAUGACACGAAGAGGGGCAAGGAGCACAGCUGGGGACUGAAUGCCCCUGACGAAGAAUUGCGACACUUGGAGUAUUCUCAAGAUGCCAAGAUGCUCUACUUGUCAACUACGUCGCAUGGUCUCAUCCAACAGUACAGUCUGGAGAAGUGCCGUCUGCUUGAGCCUCUACAGAAACAUGAGACCGCUCCUGUUGCACUUGCUGUGUCCUGCACUGGAGACUUGAUGCUAUCUGCAUCGAGUGACCCGCCCACGAUCUACCUCAAGAGCACGACAGCAAAUGUGACAAGCACAUUAAUUCAGCCUACCUCCUCGACUGCUGCUGUGUGUGCUGCAGCUUUCCAUCCCGAACGACCGAACAUAUUCAUGCUUGGCUUUCGAGACGCAACGGUAGCUGCGUUCGAUGCUACGAACAUCGUCAAUAUCACUGGCACCUACGAAACUCAGCUCGAUUUUGGCUGGGAGAUUUCCAGCUUCCAGAAUCUUCACCGCAAGGUCACCACGGAGAACAUUCUGUCGGGGUCUACAAGCAUCGUUGCACCAAUUGCUGGAGUCGCCUUCUUGCCUGGCUACAGACUGCGAGCCGUCACGGCUGGCCGAGAUGGACGUUGCCGCAUCAUCGACUUCGCAAAUGGCGGUGUCGUACUUCGUACAUGGCAGUGCAAAGAGUCGUGUACUUCACUUGCCAUUCUCGCAGGGUCUACCAGUGGCUCUGUACGGACUGCUCCUGUCGGAAAUGGUGGACAAAGCGAUGAUCAAGAUCAACAAGGUGAAGUGAUCGCUGUAGGAUUAGCAGAUGGAUCAGUUCAGCUUUACAAUAGUUUGGGCUUGCUACUAGCUCAACAGCGAGUGAGCUCACGGGAGGAGAAGAUUAUCAGUGUUGAGUGGAGUGUCGGCUCAGCUCCUGUCGCGAUCAACGAUGCAACUUUGGGCAACUUUGGCGAGGCAGAUUCCGAUAUAACCCUCGAUGCAGUACGGAGUGUUGCCACGUCUGCGCCUUCCAGGCCAAGGACUGGUGAUACCACGAGGACACAGGCAGCGAAGAACGGUCUGGGUCUGCCAAGCAGCUUGAGAAGAGGGCAGGGGCUAUCAACACAACAAGUGCAACGCCAGUUGACAUUCCACCCCGACGAGAUCAAUACCCCUACUGUGCGACGCACGCCGAUGUCGAAGCAACAAGUCUUCGCACCUUCCUCUGGUCAAGGAUACAAGGACUUGUUCACCACAGGAGAGCGGGAUAUACCCUCGUCUACGUUCAGACGACAAGUUUCCAGUCCACCAAGAAACCGCCCUAGCAUCUCAAGCCAGACAUUCCUCAGGUAUCCUGCUUCGAGCAUAAGAAGCACGAAAUCAAGACGUGGCACACUUGCGUGCUCGACUCGAGCGUUUGCAGACCGCACGAGUAGUGCUAGCUCCAGGACGGGGCAACAAGGGGCAGCGAAGAAGAUUUCUCUUGGUAUGAGGCAGCGAGAACAGUCAAAGCUGCCCCCACUUCACUCACGAGGGCGUCGAACUGCGUUCAAGUCCAGUAAUGCUGUUCUUGGUGACGCUGCGACCGCGAGCUUUCGUCCACGAUCGAAUGAAGGAAAGACACAGUCCAGAGGUAGGCCAAUCGCAUGCGCCAAAACUUCCCUGAGCCAGGGCGGUGAGCACGAAGAAGAUGUCUGGCUCACGUCCGACAAUGACGAGAAUCUUGCCGAUCGAGAGCUACCUCGAAGACGCGAUGAUAAGCACCAAUACCAAGCCAUCUUAGGACAAAGCCCGCAACAAGAUGGUCAUCCUUCUCAGAGACCACUUAAAACGCACGCCUACGUUGCUCCUGGUAAAGGCCUCAACUCAGUCUCCUCAGACGUCAGACAGCUUUUUCCGCGAACGUCUUCGCUCUCGCCACGUAUGGCUCGGAAUGCCACAGAGUUAAGGGAUGCAGCGAACGGAUCGCGUUCAAUACCAAGAAAGCAGAACGAUGGUGCUGCCGACGUGCCAUCUUCAAGCUUGCGUCCUUUCAUCGCUUCAGCAGCCAAGCACCCAAGAACACCUUGGACUCGCGUACGAGCUGGAAAGGAUGUCGCGCAAAAGGAGCAGAGUUCGAGAGCAAAGUUGAAGGCACAAUCAGCAGCACCAGUGAGAGCCAGAUCCAUCAAGAAGAACCCGUUCGUGACUGUUUUGCUGCAGUCAGAUGGUUCCAUCGAUGUGCCGCCAGCAUCUCCUGAGCGGCCAGCUGGGCUGACAAGAAGUCCCAGUGUUGAUUGCUUGACCUGUGCAGAGACUCAAGCGAGAGUGCAAGCGCUGGAGGUAGAGGUGCAGGAUUUGAAGGAUGAGGUGUCUAAGCUCAAGAGUGUGUUGUUCCGAGGAGCCAAGCUGGGCGAAGAGAAGCGCUCGUGGCGUUAG